AUUGAAAUUUUACCUAUCUUUUUUAUACAUCGGAAUGGAGAGGAAGAACUCCACUCUUUAAUUAUCCCUCUCCUGCAUUCGUUACCUAUUUUAGCACUCCUCUAAGCCUCUCUCAGAGCUCGCACUCGGCAGGGGUCCUUCGCCUCGAUUUCAUCUAUACUUCACGAAAACUAUACCAGAUUCACCUACAAAAACUCAGAAUCAUCAAAACCCAGGUCCUUUAAUUUGCAUUUGCAUUGAGCAAAGCUGCUUAUUCAAGAGCUAGAGGAGAAUGGGAUUGCCAAAUGUCUCUGGGGACUUAUCAGCAGAGAUGGAGGUUGAUGCUUUUAGACGCCUUUUCCCUCUUCGCUUUUACGAGCGUCAUCUUUCAGAGUCUAUUCGCCCUGAUGCCAGACCACUUGGAAGAGCUAGAGAUACAACACUGGCUCUUGGGGCUGUUGCAUCUGCUGAUGGGUCAGCACUGGCAAAGAUUGGUUCAACUACCAUGUUGGCUGCAAUAAAGAUGGAAGUCAUGAGCCCUUCCACCGAUUCACCAGACGAGGGCUGCAUAGCUAUUGAUUUCCACAUGCCUCCAAUUUGUUCUCCAAUUGUUAGGCCUGGUAGGCCUGUUGAGGCUGCACCAGUUGUGUCCAAGCAGUUAUCUGACACAAUACUGAGUUCUGGCAUGAUUAAUUUAAAGGAACUAUCUUUGGUCAGUGGAAAAGCGGCGUGGAUGGCAUACCUUGACAUAUACUGUUUGGAUGCUGAUGGUGCUCUUUUUGAUGCUGCAUUGCUUUCAGCAGUGGCUGCCUUCUCCCAUUUGCAAAUCCCCAUAGUUUCCCUGAAUGAUGAUGGAAAGAUAGUAGUUGUGUCUGAGGAAGGUGAGGGAGGAAAGUUGGAUAAGGAGCCAGUCAAUAAGGAGAAGAGGAAGCUCACGCUGAGAAGCCUGCCAUUCUCAUUAACAUGCAUUCUUCACAAGAACUACAUCUUGGCAGAUCCUACUGCAGAGGAAGAGUCUAUCAUGGAAACUCUUGUAACAGUGGUUUUGGAUUCAUCUUCUAGACUUGUGUCCUUUUACAAGCCAGGUGGACCAGUUCUUGCCUAUACAUCAGCUGUUCAGGAUUGUGUUGCAUUAACAAGGCAAAGAGUGAAGGAACUUAAAAAGAUUUUAGAUGAGGCCGUUUCUGGUAUGGAGAUUGAUUAGGUUUUAUUUUUAUGUGCUGAGAGAAUGUCCAAUUCGUUAGUCUGCUCGUGCGUGGUGGUUUACCUUUAAAUUAACCUAGUAAUGCUAAGAGAGGUUCUCAAAUGCUGGAGUUGGUAGUGAACUUUGGUUGCAUUUGUGAGAAAGCAUUUCUGUUGCAUUUUUGUUCUAUCUUUAUGACAAUUGACGAGAAAUUUCUGUCAAGAAUGAAUAUAGGGUGGUUUCACUGGA